GCUGGCUUUCGGCCAGGCGAUACCUGAAGAUGACCCGACACCAUUGACGAGCAGCCCGCUCAGCGUUGGGCGGAACUGGACCGAUCUUCCUGUGGUUCCAGCGUGUGAGCUGCUACCAGGGGAAGCCACGGCCCACAGUUUCCUCACCAUUCACAGCAGCCAGGCAAAUCAAGACGCCGAGGACCGCGUCGCCCUGGCAAUCCGUGUCGUCGCCGGCCAGGCGGGAGCUGGGCGAAGGGAUCGCGCCACGUUGCUCUCCGGAAAGCCGGAGAAGGUACACUUCGAGCUCGAGACGCCACCUAGCGAAGAGCUUGGGGAGAGAGAGUUUGCCGAGUGGCAGAAGUCCAUGGAUCGAGAGAAGGAGAUGUACUUCGAGGGCCGUGAUCAGAAGGAGUACAAGUGA